AUGGACGUUCCCUUAUAUAGGCCAUCCUUAGACUUUAAUUCCCUUUCAGUGCCACCUAACUAUGUUCCUGGGUCUCUACGGGGUGACAGAGGCUUUAGGACAUCAGCCGAAACGAUUGUUGCCACGCCCAUCGCCUUCUGUGAAUCUGAGCUUGAGACUUUCAAAGAACUUAGCCGCCUUCAUGCACCAUCACGUCUUAAACCGCAACAUGCUCAAGAAGAGGAGCAAAUGCAUCAUGUAAAGGAGCCCAAACGUAAGCGUGAGCACAGGCAACGACCAGUGAUGAUGCCUGCCGUAUAUGAUCUUAGUCAGACGCAGCGCUUCGAGGCCAUUGCAAAUAGAGAUACCUAUAGAUGUUACACAGUAACGUACGGUGACUCUGUCACGUCUAUUUACUCGCCUCAAGAGAAGAAUUAUGCCAAAGAGGUUACUGACUUGGAAAUAGAGUGUCAUAGGAACCCUACUGUUGUAUCCUUAUGGCUGCGUCUUAUCAGUGUUCAUUAUAACGUGGGUAAUGCAAAGCUUGCAGCCCGCACAGCAGUGGAUAUGUUCAACAAUAUGGAUUGUCUCUGCAACCACACAAAGCUUUGGGACCUUCUUUUAUCUGAUGAUUCUAUUGCGAUGAAGGUACUUCUAGAGCAGUGCGAUCUCUCUUCUAUUGACUCCGUAUUCCAGCUCAUAUUAACGGGCUUGAAUGCUUGCAUACCUGCGGACUACAAGGCGCAUCCAAAGGGACACCUCUGCUCUCUGGUUUGCUGCAAGCAUAUGGUACUCUGUGCCAACAUCUUCUGCAUCCUCUUCUUUUCCUCCUGGAAUGAGCCCAGUUGUGUACAGCUACUAUGCAGUAGAUACAAUGAGUUGCUUGCUAGUUUACUCCAGUAUCAAAGUUACAAUACUAGUUACUUCCUAGCUGUAGUUGAGAUCUUGUACUUGCGCAUUUAUGGUUCUGCAUUGUAUCACAAGGACAACAUCAAUCUCCAAUCGUAUGACGAUUUAAUUAAAUACAAUUAUGAGGUGUCAGAAAAAAUAAUUCUAGAAGACUCACAAUCAAACAUUUUCCUUGGGGCAUACAUGUUGGCUGAAGGCAUCAUAUUGCAAAAUUCAAAGCAUAUAGCAUUAGUAGCACAGCAUGCCAUUAAUGGUGCAUUCAGAGAUCCUACAGAAGCAGCAGCAACGACAACAAUAACAACACUCCAUAGCAAGCAACUAGAAAGGCUCAUCUGUGGAAUAGGCUCCUUUUCUUUAUCAGCUGUUUCCACAGGCUCCGCUGGCGACAGCUUUGUUGAUAAGUCACUGCUUCUUCUACAGAAAUUAAUGUGUAAAGAAGGAGGCAUCCAUAGCCUGGUUAAAGAUUUGGUGAGUAGCGGAGUAGGCGCAUCCACCCUGACAUCUAUUAAUAGGGUAUUGAAAGACAUAUCAUCAAGGCCUGCAGACGAAAGACUGCUACUUUUGCAUAUGGGAAGGCGGAUUUGUCUUUCCAUAUUAGAAAACUUAGAACAAGAAGAUGGAAAGGGUAUGAAUAGCAAUGAACUGAAAGAGCUACUGGUGUGCAUAGAGUACAUUCACAAAGAGAAUAUGACGGUAAAGAUGGGUGAAUAUCUGGUGGCAAACGGCGUUAAAGUAUACCAUCAAGUUGUCGCCCGAGCGAAGCUCAAGCCCCUUGAUAAAUUAGAGAUCGGUCUGCUGCUUUUAUCAAUGUGUAAAAGUGCUGAGCUAGCAGAGGAUCUGUUUAGAAUCUACGAAAAAGCCGUUAAGCGUGAAGAAAGCAAACAAAAUAGGCGUGAGUCGCACCAAGCACGUCUCAACGUAUUCCCUAGAAUAGAAAAUAUGAUAUUAUAUGCAGAGAAAGAACACAGUAAAGAGGCUAUUGUGGAGUGCGCUGGUGGGCCUGGCCUUUUAUAUCAAGGUGCGAUUAAAGAAGCUAUCUUGGUCACAGCUCGCCACGUGUUCCCUUACACUGAAAAGUUUAUAGACAAACUUCUAGCUUUAGCAAAAUCGUCCCAGUGGCUACAAACCAGAGUCGACUUAUUGCUUCAAGGGGCAAAAUAUCUGGUGAUUGGGGCUGAAAACAAAUCUACAGUAGAAAUAGCGAUAUGUCUUCAGAAGUAUGCCAAAUCUGCAUCGGACGCAUGGGCAGGAAACGUACAGCUUAAUUACAUUACUGAAACAUUGGAAGUGCUGAUGCUUCCGCACCCCGAUGGGAUAAAAAGAUUAAAACAGUGUACAGGAGACUAUGUUCAGACUCCAUGGGCAGCUUCACUGAUGUCGCUGUUCAUCUAUGAACAGGAUAGGGAGAAGGCGGAGUUGUACUGGACGAGGUGGACAGAGGCCCUUCGACGGGGGCAGCAUAGUUUGGGCUCUACCAACUCACCAGCCAAAAAUGCAUUUGAUGGCAUUUUAUCAGAGUGCAGCUCUGUCACAUUCAGACAGGAGGAUCAUAUAAGUAGAGGUGAUAUCAUUCUUUGCCUUUUAAAAGCAAUCUCAGUGGUGUUAUUUUAUUCCUGUCAAGUGGAUUGA